GCCGAGCGCAUCUUCAAGCAUCAAUCGCAAGCCGCCAUGCAGCCCACCCAGGUGCUCCAGCGCCAACUUAGGCGCCUCGCUUUGACUACCAAGCAGACCAACAAGGGCUUCUACAAGGGUACCGGUACCGGUUCAAUGGGAAGGCACACCAAGCGCGGUGGAUACAUUAUCGAGCCUGAGAAAGUCAGGACGUACAAGGUCCCGGACCUUACUGGCUUCGAGCUCACCCCCUUCGUCACCAAGCGCGUCACGCCGCCCAGUGCUGCGGGUCUCUACCCGGAUCCUCUGGGCCCGCUUAGCGGAAAGCUGUACCUGGAGAAGUGGAAGGCGGAAAACGGACAGGACUAGAUGUUCAAAAUGGUGAAGAGGAACAUAUCGUUUUGCGACAAAGAGUUGUGCUACUGUUCAAGAAGGGUUUAUCAAUAAAUGGGCAUUGCGCGGCGUUUGGGAAGCCCAGCACGGAGGGCUAGACUGGUGCAAGAUCACGUGGGAAAGAAGCAGCCGUUGUCCCGCAUGAUUGAGGGAGCAAUGGUUUGUACAUCCAAUCAAGUACGGCAGCGAUUAAGUCCUGUCACAGGUCUUGGUUGCAGUCAUGACUAUACCCUUUUCAUUCAGCAUGUCGGAUUCGGUUGACUAGCAGUGCCGCAUAGUUGAACGCGCUACAUCGACGAAACACCCUGGUAAUAGGUGCACUUUGCAACUUCCAAAAACACAACUGUCAAGAAACAAUCAAGACAUCGG